AUGAGCGACCGGUACCAGUUCCUCGAAUGGGCUGGCCGAGGAUCAUUCGCCAAAGUAAGACACGCCAGACGUAGGUAUGACGGCGGAGACGUCGCCAUUAAAGAAAUCAUGCGAUCGCCGUUUGUUCGCGACCGAGAAAUCUUUUUACUCGACCGUCUAUGGCAUCGUAACAUUGUCAAUCUGCUCGACAUUAUCUAUCUAGAUGCUCCUCCGCCACCCGAGGUUUCCUCUUCGUCGUCGUCCUCCAGCAUCGGAGGUUCCACUACUCCCACACCAUCCGGAACAAGUUCUUCUGAACAACAUCACCAUCACCACCACCAUCACCAGCAGCCGCACGCUCCAGACCAAUCAUUAGAGGAAGUCACACCUCUGUUAGUUCUUGACUGGGCUCCAAUUACUCUCGACAGUCUAAUGGACGCAUUUAGACUCCCCUUUGACAUUUUCCAGCUCAAAUGUUUUGCUUGGCAGCUCAUUGAAGCUAUAGCAUUCCUUCAUGAGCACGGAAUUGUACACCGUGAUAUUGCGCCUUCAAACAUUCUCCUCACAACCGACGGCAUUGUCAAGCUUUCGGACUUUGGCUCCGCAACUCUUAUUUCAAAUUCCCCGCUCUACAAUGCUCCUCGACAUGUUUAUCCUCUACCAGGUGCUUCAGGACCUGCUUACUACCCUCAUCAGCAGCAGCAGCAGCAGCAGCAGCAGCAGCAGCAGCAGCAGCAACAACAACAACAACAACAACAACAACAGCAACAACAUAUUUAUCUUUCUCACCAUCAAACUCUUCCUGCUCCUCCUUCUUUCCCUCCCCAUCAUUAUCCCCAAAACCCUCACUAUCAACAACAACAUCCGCAUCAGUACCGCAUGCCACCUCCUGGAGUACCCACCGGCCCAGCUUCUACUCUUUCAUCUUCUUCUUCUCACCUCCCCCCAUCUUCUAUUGGACCGGGUCAUUCACGCUCUCAUCUCACUGUCGAACUUCCACCAAGUAUUGCUUAUUUUCAAGAAGAUGGCCGAUUGACUCCUAACGUUUGCACUUUAUGGUACCGAGCACCCGAAAUUCUACAGCAUCGAGACUAUUCGUAUCCUGUUGACAUGUGGUCCUAUGGCUGCGUUAUUAUGGAACUAGUCCUUGGUCGUCCAUUGUUACCAGGGAACUCAGAAGUCGAUGAAUUGAACCACAUCUUUCGUUUUUUCGAAGGGGCCCCAGAUGGCCCAGAUCCCUCUCUACGAGCCCCCAUUCUUCCCUCAAGUUCAAUCUCAGGCUCAGGUUUGGCUCCGCAAAUUUCCUCAGCAGAUCAAUCCAGGCCUUCUUCUUCUUCUUCUUCUUCUAGACCAUCUUCUUCUCGCCCUUCUUCUUCUUCUUCAUCGUCAACUUCAACAACUUCCUCUUCAUCAUCUUCUCACCAUCAUCAACAUGGAAGUCGUCCACCAGCGCAUUUUUUGCAUACGCGGGCAGCAUACAAGCGUGCACGUCCUAUGGAUGUACGUGAACGUAAUCCUCAACAAUUUAGCGCAGUUCAGCGCCUAAUUUACCAACUAAGACCUGCCUCUGCAUCACUUUCUUUUUCUUCUUCUUCAUCUUCUUCUUCACAGCCAUCUUCAACUUCUUUAUCCUCUUCAACUUCACGGCCUCCUACUUCUUCCACAUUAUCAUCAUCAUCUUCUUCUUCUUCUGCAUCCUCUUCAUCUUCUGACAACCAAAUCGUUCCUGUCGACCACAAUUUUAUUUCCCUCAUGGAAGGAAUUCUCACAUUUGACCCAGAUAACCGCAUUUAUGCUAAAGACGCAAUCAGUCACGGGUUUUUCUACAAGGAGCCAUACCCAUGCACUCCAAUUGAACUUGUUGCUCGCAUCAACAGAUAG